GUAUAUAUAUAUAUGUAUAUAUAAAUAUACAUGAAUUUAUAUGCGUAUCACUGUGAACCAAGAGAAGCAAGAGGAAUUUCUAUCUUUGGGGCUGGUCUCUGAUUGUCUGGUCGUAUACAAUAUUUUGAAUAUUUCCUUUGAUCGUCUACAUCAAGAGGACAAAGACUACAUGCCCAUUUUGUAUUUUAUUUCCCCGUCGCUGCUUUCCGUCCCUCUUGAUCCUGCUUUUUUCUACGUCUGAGGGGAGCGAAGAGGAGAAGAGCCACAGGAUUCGACAAAAAAAAAAAGAGGGAAGAAUCUGCAGAGAUUCCUGUGAUUAGUUCUGUUUCCAUUGGCUUUACCGCUUUUUGAGCCGAUCACAGCGUGCCGUGUUGAGAUCUGAGGAGGCAGCAGAGACAGAGUGCCACGCCACUCCGCUCAGCAUCAGCCCCAGCCAGCAUGCACAAACACCACCACUGCUGCAAGUGCCCAGAAUGUUAUGAAGUGACCCGUAUGGCUGCCCUGCGUAGGAUGGAUGCCCCUUCAUAUGGAGGAGACUGGCAGGCCGAGCCCUAUGGAUACCCGCCUGGGUAUGGGGGAGGCCAGACCUUACCGCCUCCAGCCUCGGGGGGAGGUGGAAGCAUGGGAGGAGGAGGAGGCACUUUGGGGAGAAGUAAGGGCAAGAUUAUGUCUAGUGGGGGCCCAGGAGGCCCCAACCCAAAGGGCCAAUCCAAGGGAGGCCCCAAAGUAAACGGCAGCAACUCCAGUGGACAAGGAGGAUGGUGGCCUGAGUGCACCUGUACCAACCGGGAGUGGUACGACCAGGCCAACCCUCCCCCCAUCAUCGUCAACGCAGACUCACUAGAUGCAGGGCCUUAUGUAAAUGGCAGUGAUGGGAUGUAUAAAUAUGAAGAGAUCAUUUUAGAGAGGGGGAACUCUGGCCUGGGCUUUAGCAUUGCUGGAGGAAUAGACAAUCCCCACAUUCCUGAUGAUCCGGGGAUCUUCAUCACAAAGAUCAUCCCGGGAGGAGCAGCUGCUAUGGAUGGAAGACUGGGGGUUAACGACUGUGUGCUGCGCGUGAAUGAUGUGAAUGUAUCUGAAGUGGUUCACAGUCGGGCAGUGGAGGCCCUGAAAGAGGCGGGGCCGGUGGUGCGGCUGCUGGUUCGACGGAGGCAGGCGCCACCCGAGACGAUUCUGGAAGUCAACCUGCUUAAAGGGCCUAAAGGGCUGGGAUUCAGCAUUGCUGGAGGGAUUGGGAAUCAGCAUAUCCCAGGAGACAACAGCAUCUAUAUUACCAAGAUCAUAGAGGGAGGAGCUGCACAAAAAGAUGGACGGCUGCAAACUGGAGAUCGCCUGCUCGCUGUGAACAACAUUGUGCUGCAGGACGUGCGUCAUGAGGAGGCGGUGGCUGCGCUGAAGAACACCUCUGAUAUGGUUUACCUCAAGGUGGCCAAGCCAGGCCCUGUGCAUCUCAACGACAUGUACGCCCCACCAGACUACUCCAGCAGUCUGGCCCUCCCUCCAGCCUUCCCCACCUCGGUAGAUAACCACGUCUGCCACAACUAUGUGGGGCCAAUGGAGCCCAAGCCAGUGUACCCGCCACCCCAGGUUACCCCGUCCAGGUACUCGCCAGUUCCUCGCCAUAUGCUCGGGGAGGAAGACUUCACAAGGGAGCCGAGGAAAGUGUUGCUGCACAAAGGCUCCACAGGCCUGGGCUUCAACAUCGUCGGCGGGGAGGAUGGCGAAGGCAUCUUUGUCUCCUUCAUCCUGGCAGGAGGGCCGGCUGACCUGAGUGGCGAGCUGAGGAGGGGUGACCGGAUUCUCUCGGUGAAUGGCGUGAACCUAAGGAAUGCCACACAUGAACAGGCAGCUGCUGCACUGAAGAGAGCAGGACAGACUGUCACCAUCAUUGCCCAGUACAGACCUGAAGAAUAUAGUCGAUUUGAGUCCAAGAUCCACGACCUGAGGGAGCAGAUGAUGAACAGCAGCAUGAGCUCAGGAUCAGGCUCCCUGCGUACCAGUGAGAAACGCUCUCUCUAUGUCAGAGCUUUGUUUGACUAUGAUCGAACGAGGGACAGCUGCCUGCCCAGCCAAGGCUUGAGCUUCUCUUACGGGGAUAUCCUCCAUGUCAUAAAUGCCUCUGAUGACGAGUGGUGGCAGGCGAGGCUGGUCACGCCACACGGAGAGAGUGAGCAGAUUGGGGUUAUUCCAAGCAAGAAGAGAGUGGAGAAAAAAGAGCGGGCCAGGUUAAAAACAGUCAAGUUCCAUGCCAGGACAGGCAUGAUUGAGUCUAACAGGCCAGUCAAAGUAAAGCGCAAAAAAAGCUUCAACCUCUCACGCAAGUUCCCAUUUUACAAGAGCAAGGAGAAUAUUGUGCAGGAGUUGGUGGAGUCUGAACAAUGCCUGACAUCCAACACAAGUGACAGUGAAAGCAGUUCAAAGGGGCAGGAGGACACGAUUCUCUCCUACGAGCCAGUCAUUCGACAGGAAAUCCACUACACAAGGCCUGUGAUCAUUUUGGGCCCAAUGAAGGACAGAAUAAACGACGACCUCAUCUCAGAGUUUCCUCACAAGUUUGGCUCCUGUGUACCACAUACGACUCGUCCGAGGCGAGAGAACGAGAUGGACGGCCAGGACUACCACUUUGUGGCCUCGAGAGAGCAAAUGGAGAAAGACAUUCAGGAUAAUAAAUUCAUCGAGGCGGGCCAGUUCAACGAGAACCUCUACGGGACGAGCGUCUUGUCCGUCAGAACGGUGGCUGAGAGGGGGAAACACUGCAUCCUGGACGUGUCUGGGAACGCCAUAAAACGACUGCAGCAAGCACAACUUUAUCCGAUCGCCAUCUUUAUCAAACCAAAAUCCAUUGAAGCCCUAAUGGAGAUGAAUAAGAGGCAGACGUAUGAGCAGGCCAAUAAAGUCUUUGACAAGGCAGUGAAGCUGGAGCAGGACUUUGGAGAGUUUUUCACAGCUAUUGUACAGGGUGACUCACUAGAGGAGAUCUACAACAAAAUCAAGCUAAUCAUCGAGGAGCAGUCCGGUCCCUACAUCUGGAUCCCGUCCUCAGAGAAGCUCUGAGCUCCCUGCCGUCCCUGCUCUGUGUCGCUGCAGAGUUUUUUCCCCUCCUGCCUCCCAGAGACCCCACCCAAGCCCAAAUAGGCCCCCCUCUCUCCCCCCCCACCCCUCACCUCCUUUUUGCAGAUAUGUUUCAUAUCAAGUUUUAGUGUCAUCAUUAUGUUACUCUCUAAAAUGAAAAAGAAGUCUUAUCACCAUUACUGUGACUGUGCACACCCCCUGCAUGAGUUUCUCAACAAACCCAUUCAAGACUGGAAAUGCCAUUCCAAAGGAAAUUGUCAAGUGUCAAAAAAAAAACAACAAAAAGGGGAAAAGGAAUAAAAUCCUUUUUGUGAACUGAGACUGAACUGAAGAUCAGAAUGUUUCACAGCAAAUCAGGAGAGACGAGGAGUUGGGAUUUCAAAAUAGAAGUUGCAGGGGAACAGAGACAAAUCAUACCAAGUUGGAACACUUUGUAAAUGUUCAUCAAAAUCACAUUUAAAAAAAAAGGAAAAAACAGGCGCAAGACGAGAAGUUGAAGACCAGUUGCGUUUUUUUUCUCUUCCUAAACAGACUGGAUAUAAUUGAGCCCUGCUGAUGGUACUGUUCAAGAAGUCAUCUCUCGUUUAUUAUGACUGAGGAAAUUAGCUGAGGAGCCUAAAAAACUGGUGAUCUAUUUAUCACAAACCAGCUUGCUGUUUGGUCGUCUGCCAGUUGUCUGUGCUGCAGCUGAUAAAGACAUCUCGGGAGGCAGAUCAUAAGGAAACGUGUCGUGAAUCUCUACAUUUAUAUUAUGAAAUCACAAGAUAAAAAGAUAAAAUCUUACUGAGAUUUUACUACAUAUUAAAAAGAAAUACACAUUUUACACUUCACUAGAAUUGUCAAUUUGGAGGGCUGUUAGAUUUUUUUUUCUUUUCCUUUAUUUGUGGGAUUUUUUUUUAUUUCUUUCUUUUUUUUGCUUGUGGUUUUUAGCUGCUCUGUGUAAAAGGAUGGGGGUAGAGAAGUGUAACUGGGCUCUCUGCAAAACACCAAACUGCCUUACAUCAAAUACAAAUUCUGUUUUGUGACUACCUGUUGUCUGUGAGGGAGGCCGCACACAAUUGACCAGGAAAAGAGAGGAACCACUCUCCUCCUCUUUCCUGACCCUUUUCUGUGUCCUCCAACUGCCAGGACGCCUGACUCGAGUGCAAUAGAUGAAACAAAGUCUCACCUGUGGGCGCCUUUUUUUCUCCCGUGUAUUUCAACCUUUUCUUCCUGUGUCAAUUAAAUAAGAAAUUUGGCCAUUUGAUUACAGUUUGGACAGACAGAGCCUUCCUAGCUCAUGUUGAGCAGCAGAACACCCGAUUACACUCUCUGCCUUCCAAGAGGAUUCUCUUCUGAUUGAAUGGUCACGUGGUACUGUCCUAUCUGCCGCCGUGAUGGUGGCCUUAAAACGGGUAGAACAAGACAAUAAUUGUAUUGGAUGUCCUAACAAUUAAAGAGUCGAUAUAACCUGUUUUUGGAUUGUCCCCAUAUAUAAAGUAACACUAAAGUUGGGUUUGAUUAAAACCGUUAUGCUUUCAUAUGAAUUCUUACUGCAUCUGUUGGUGGCAGGUUGUUGCGCCACUGUGUUGAGCUCUUAAGUGAGUCCAGGGUGAGCUAGACCAGCUCAGGAAUCUAAACGUACAGAAUCUAUUUCUCCUUCGUCUGAGGGGCCAUGAUUUGGGCAAUGACACAGAAAGUUCAUACUCAAGGUACUGUCACUUUUUGUUUUCCUUCUUCUUUCCCUCAAUUGAACAGUGUAAACGGGUUAUUUUAUGCAUUUCUAUCACGGGUCGGAGAGCCAGCUCGAGCCUGCUCAAGGCCCCCCUCCCCCCGACGUGGCAACUAUUUAAGAUUCACCAGGACUGAAAUGCUCCGUCCAACCCCACCAUGCAGAGUUUGGGCCCUGUAAAUGUGCGUAUGUGAGGGCACAGCUGAUGAAGGAAAACUGUGCCCCCCCCCGAUCUUGUGAGCAUUGUUACUUUUCCUCCGAGUGCAGGAUUAUUCUUUUUUCUUUUUUUUUUUCCCCUUCCUACAGAGAGCCAGACCCAACCAGAAGUGGUUUCCUCCGGGUCGAACUCCCCCCCCACUCCCACCUCCCUCCCCGCUCUCUCUCCCACCCAUAGAGCACCUGUACCUGCAGGCAUUUUCUGAACAGGUGUGCCCACCUGCCGGGCACCACUGCUAAACCAGCUGUCAUUACCUGUGUCAAAAACCAGAGUUCAGGGAAUAACCGAAGGGAACAGAGCCAUUUAUAAACUGCUUGCAGACUGUUUCAAAGGGUGUGGUAGCUGUACAAUGUAAAUAAGCCCCUCCCCCCCCAGCAGAUCCCCUUCACCUGUGCUUCAUGCAUGUGUGAAUCAAACUGGGACAAACAUGUUUUAUAGACCACAAAUGUCAGGUAAGUAAAAGUUUGAGCUACUCUUUUGAGAUAUCAUUUCCAUACAAACGUUGUUGAUUGUUCUAUUAUUUCACUUCAAAUGCCUACUGGAACACUUAACUAGUCAGUCGGGGGGAGCGCGAUGUCCCCCAGAUAGGGCCUGUCUACGUGUGAUUUCUUGUGGAACGUGUCUGGUUGUAUAGAUUUAAAAAAAAAGAAUAUAUUGUAAAAUAAAUAAAAAGAGACGCAGGCAGAAUCCGACACAAUAUCACAGAAACCAGGAGCAUCGAUCAAUACAUCAUUAGAAGUUUAGAAGCGGUCCUCUCUGGUGUUGCGUUGAAAUACGAGCUGACUGUUAACGAUGUGUGUGGUAUUCAUACCUCAGUCAGCCAUGUCAAAGCCCAAAGAACUUGAUUUCAUUUUACUCUUUCCACUGAGGUCGUGGUAUUAUAACAAGAUGGAACCUGAAUGCCUCUGUGUGUGUAUAAUUGACGAGGGUCUUUGUUCUGGUGAGAGAAAUGAUGACAUAUAUGCUUUUAUUUUUAUUUUUUUCUGGGGGGGGUUGGGGUUCUUGUUUGUACUUUUGGGUGAUGUUUAUGUUCUAGCACAUCUGUGCAGUAAGUGCUUGCAAACAUGAACCCUUUGAUUGUACAGUAGUUUCCUUCCUGUCACUGCAGGUGGUACAGCCUAUCAGGACACUUGGCCUUGUGGUCUUCCCUGUCCUAGUCAUGAGGGAACAGUCCUGCGAUUCUUUUGUUUGGGGUUUUACUUUGGGACUUGACAAGAGUUUAUUUGUUUGAAAAUAAAAUAUGUGACUCAGUUA